GCCGCCGCCCGCCGCCGCCGCCGUCGUCGCGAUGCCUAUUUUAGUCAAAGCGGCUGCGGGCGUGGGGACCCGGCCGGGGCUGCGGAGCUUCCAGACCCGCGGACCCGCCGAGGAGCGCGCGUCCGACGCCCGUCGAGCCGCUGAGCCCGUGUCCCCCGCGUCCCGCGCCCCGAAGCUGCCGCUCCGAACUUUGGUCGGUGCAGCCCAGGUUCCUCGCCGAGGACCAGCCAGGAAUUUUCAAAAUGAAUUAUACAGAGUCCAGUUCAUUGACGGAAUCAACUGCCAUAGGUUUUACACCUGAGUUAGAAAGUAUCAUACCCGUGCCUUCCAAUGAGACCACUUGUGAAAACUGGAGAGAGAUACAUCAUCUGGUUUUUCAUGUAGCAAAUAUUUGUUUUGCAGUUGGGUUGGUUAUUCCAACUACUCUUCAUCUUCAUAUGAUAUUUCUGAGGGGAAUGUUAACUCUAGGAUGUACGCUUUAUAUCGUCUGGGCCAUUCUCUACCGAUGUGCCUUGGAUAUAAUGAUCUGGAACUCUGUGUUCUUGGGUGUCAACAUUUUGCAUCUGUCAUAUCUUUUAUACAAGAAGAGACCGGUAAAGAUUGAAAAGGAACUCAGUGGCAUCUACCGGCGAUUGUUUGAACCACUCCGUGUGCCUCCAGAUUUGUUCAGAAGAUUAACUGGACAGUUUUGCAUGAUCCAAACCUUGAAAAAGGGCCAGACUUAUGCUGCUGAAGAUAAAACCUCAGUUGAUGACCGUCUGAGUAUUCUCUUGAAGGGGAAAAUGAAGGUCUCCUAUCGAGGACAUUUUCUGCAUAACAUUUACCCCUGUGCCUUUAUAGAUUCUCCUGAAUUUAGAUCAACUCAGAUGCACAAAGGUGAAAAAUUCCAGGUCACCAUUAUUGCAGAUGAUAACUGCAGAUUUUUAUGCUGGUCAAGAGAAAGAUUAACAUACUUUCUGGAAUCAGAACCUUUCUUAUAUGAAAUCUUUAGGUAUCUUAUUGGAAAAGACAUUACAAAUAAGCUCUACUCAUUGAAUGAUCCCACCUUAAAUGAUAAAAAAGCCAAAAAGCUGGAACAUCAGCUCAGCCUCUGCACACAGAUCUCCAUGCUGGAAAUGAGGAACAGUAUAGCCAGCUCCAGUGACAGUGACGAUGGCUUGCACCAGUUUCUUCGGGGCACCUCCAGCAUGUCCUCUCUUCAUGUGUCAUCCCCACACCAGCGAGCCUCUGCCAAGAUGAAACCGAUAGAAGAAGGGGUAGAAGAUGACGAUGAGGUCUUUGAACCGGCUGCUUUUAACCGUACUACUGCAACAGUCUCUUCAGGUAGCUGAAUUAGGAGCUUGUUUUGGAGAAAUGAAGCAAAGGUGAAUGACAGCCUAGGCUUUGAAAUUAGAAAGCUCUCAGAUUGAACACUCUCUCGCUUGCUCACUCUCUUUCUCUCUCUCUCUCUCUCUUGCUCUCACUCUUGCCCUGUACCUGAGAGCACAGGUGUGAUGUGAUGUCAUAGUGUCGAUGCUACUUUCCUUUAACCAUUGGGAUAAAGUUGGGCAGCCUGUUUAGUUUACACAUGCAUAAGACUAUUUUACAAAAUCACUCUAUAGAGUCAUUAGAUGUAACACCUUUCCCUGAGUAGAAAGUAAUGGAUGUGUUUGGAGAUUAUUUUCUGUAGUGCUGGGAACAAACCUGUUUUAAAAGCACACUGCUAAAAGUAGGUGAUAUAAGCCAUUUACUGUUUUUAUUAAAAUGUGUGUGUGUAUCAGUGUCAUUGAUAGUGAAGAUUGUAAUCUCAAGGUUAGGAAUCUUAAAAGAGCCACUUAGCCUGAAUGGGAAACAUGAAACUGUUUUUAAAUACACACCUCUAAGGAAGACAAUGAGACUCCGAAAAAAGGAGAUAUAAGGCAUUGAGUAGCCCUCCCAUAUAGACUUCAUCGCAAAGAGGCAGAUAAGAAGACAGAGAAGUGUUUUAAGUGUAUGAUCUCCUAUGGAGUACUUUAAAUUUAUUUAUACAAAUGAAUACAUGUAUCUUUAUAUAAUGCAUAGAUACAUAGACAAAAACAUGUUUGCUGCCAAAGUUCCCAGUAAGAUACUUCCAGUCUUUUUUGGCCUUUACUUAGCCGAAUGAUCAAAGUUCAGAAAAUGGUCUGUAAAAAUCAUUCCAUAUACAACCCCAAAUCUACUCUGUUUAAAUGUAACAUCAACUAAGUUGUAUGAAUCUGGAGUGUAAUAUUAGAAUGUAUAUGUCAUUUAAAAUAUUUUGAAAGCCCUCAUAUUUAUAUUUAUUAAACUAACAGCAUAGACACUAUGUAAAUUUGCAAUGAUGCUUAUAUAUCUUAGAUUAGUAAUAAUGGGUGCUAUAUAAUUAUUUUUCAUUACCAUCCCUGGCUCUCUGGAACCUUCCCUGUUUCUCCCUAUCACUCAGUUUCAUUUUAAUCAUUGGACAUCUUUGCGUUUUGCUGCUAACAGUGUGUGUACAUCACCCUCUUUAUAUCUGGCUUUCCUGCUCGUCUGAAGCGCUCCUGAUCUUAUAACCUGGAACUGCAGAUUCCUCCCUGUCAACUCCCAUCAGGGCCCCAAAGACAGAGUCACUGGUUGCGGGAAAAAUAUUUGGGGAAAGAUGGUGUAACCUACCCACUGACCUGUCCCCAGUGUUUCCUGGAAAUGGCAUGGCAAUCCAGAGAAGGUUUCCUACUGUUGCGUGUGGUGGCUCCCAGCCAGGCACCCAGCAUGCAGGUCAGCCCCUCCCAGCAGGGCUUAGCAUUGUCCUCUUCGCAGAUGCCACAUUGCAGCCCCAAGGACUUGCCGUUUUGUGUUUUUUGAAAACUCAUGUUCUUGGUCAUUUAUAAAGCUACUUUAUAAAUAGCUUUGAUCCUGCUAUGCCUUGGUUUCCUCUCCCUUCUCUCUUUCCAAUCCUGGUUUCCCGACCUCCUCUUGUAGUAAUUCCCAACUCAAUUCAAAGUCCCAAGAAUUUGGAACGGUACGAUGCUAUACAGGGAGCUCAAAGCUGAGGCUUAAUCAUGGCUUCGGUUCUGCUCGUCAGGGGACACUUCCCUUACCGAUGGUAGCCAUGUUUUGAUUAUCACAGAACCCCCCGAAUACUCUGUCUAUAGUGACACACUGUAGGUGCCAUAAAUUUUAAGAAACCUGCUUUUAAGUACUAUUUAUAGGUUUUUCUGUUACACUUGCUACCUAGUUUGGAAAUACAUGAGGAUUUUAUGAAAGCUUUUUACAGACAUAUUAUUUAUAGGAAACUCAUUCUUUGUUUUUAGGUGCCAUUUAAAUUGAUAACACUUACUUUAUAAUAAAGAUGCUUUUUGUCUGGAUAGAGCCUUAUAGUUUAAAAUAUCUUCAUAUAUUACCAUUUGAUCAAAUAAAUUUCUUACUUAGA